UGUUGAUAAAUCGCAAACAGUAGGACUAAUUUCAAUGUUACAAAUAUACACCACGCUCGAUGUAAAGAGUCCUGGAAAGCUUUUAUUGAUUUUAUGAAUGCAUCUUUCUACAUAUUUAUUCUUAUUAUUUUCUCCGAGGGUCCUGCCUACUAUUCGAGCGUUAAGCGAGUUUUGAAAUGAGGUAGAAGAAGCAGUCACCUGGAAAUGCACGUCAUGGUUAUCUAAUCAUCAACCAUGUUUUAAUCAUGAAAUCAGCUUCAUUCUGACAGCGUUGAAUCUCAUGAGACUGCUUUACGGAAAGCGAUUUAUAUAAGUAUGAAUGAGCUUAACUCCAAACUUCGCCGAAGACGACAACAUGACAGCCCGUGCUACAGACAAGAGGAACAUUGCUUGUAGCUGUGUUGUUACCUUAGAAUUUGAUUUAUUGCGGUUUUUAUAGACUACUGUGACGUCAGUUGUUUUGAGUCAGCCUCAGUCAUAAAUUGAUUUCUAUUUCCGUGACAACUCGAAUCAUUCAUUUUGUCAGCGGAUAGAAUACUGCGUUUUGAAGAUAUCUGUUGACAAGAUGUUGAUGAAGGAGAAUUUAGUCGCUAAUUGGAUUUGGUUUUUCCUGUUCCAAACCCUGCCAAAACAAGCGUCAGCAGGCACCAACUGGGAAUACGCCCUUAAAACUCACUUACUAAACGUGAGCAGAUACGACCCCGGAGUCCGACCGGUGUCUGAUUACUUCUCUCCCGUCAACGUGUUCCUCAAUGUGGCUUUGAAUCAAAUAUUAAACCUGGAUGGACGAUUACAGAUUCUUCAUUGCAGUCUUUACAUGCGUUUGAAAUGGAAGGACAAUGGUUUAAGGUGGAAUGCGUCCGAGUUUGGCGGUGUUGAUACAAUUCGCCUUCCUUCAGUAGCCGUAUGGGUUCCUGAUAUAACUUUAUAUACGGACGUACGGCAAGACCACCAUGACGUAAAGCGCUACAACGCCAUCGUCUCCAGUGACGGCAGCGUGGCGUGGAACUACCCCUUUAUAGUGAGAAGCUCUUGCAAUCUCAACGUAGAAAAAUUCCCCUUUGACGAAGAGAAAUGCAUCUUAAAGUUCGGCUCAUGGACAUAUGACGGGCAUCAGGUGAACGUCACAAACACGUACCCCAGUGGGGAUAUAUCGGGGGUGGUAUCAAAUGGCGAGUUCGAUCUUCUGUCCAUGCCUGCCACGAGGAACGUUCUGUACUAUAAUUGCUGCGAUGCUCCUUACCCUGACGUUACAUUCACCAUUCAUAUGCAGAGGCGUUCUAUGUAUUAUAUGAUCAACUUAGUUGUACCGUGUAUGCUGAUAGUGUUCGUGACGUCACUGAGUUUUUAUCUCCCGCCUGAAUCCGGUGAAAAGGUGUCAUUGGGGGUAACAGUACUGCUCACACUGACAGUUUUUCUACUGCUGGUCGCUGAAAACACUCCCCCGCAAUCAGAAGUGGUUCCAUUAAUAAGUCAGUAUUUUCUGUUGGCCAUCAUUCUUGUCAGUUUGUCCACUGCGGCCACCGUUCUGGUGGUGAACCUGCACCAUAAAGGUCUCCACGGAGAGAAGGUCCCUCUGUGGGUCAGAAAGGUUGUCCUAAACGGAAUUGGUCGACUGAUCUGCAAGAAGAAGUUGGUGAUGGAGUACAGCAAGAUGGCCAACUGUAUGGACAAAGCACAGUAUCUAAACGGAAGUUACAUUGAAAAUGAAGACGGGGCACCAAGUUUGAAGCGGAUAAGAACAAGAAUAAAUACAGUAAAAAGCGGUAUCAUUCUUGCCGCCCAAAAUGGUUCUCUUAUCACCCCCAAGUUUUCCGAACUUGCCUGCAAUCACGACAAAACACACGAGGACUCUUUACUGGACAAAACAUUAGUGGAAAUUAUGAACGUUUUGCGUGGAAUAGAACAAAGGAUUAUAGACGAACAGAAAAGAGAAGAGGACCGCGGAGAAUGGCGCCUGGUUGCACUUGUGAUUGACCGAUUUUUCUUGUAUUUAUUCAUGGUGGCCACGGUUGCCGUGACUCUGUGGAUAGUGAUCUGUGUGCCUUGUAUUUUUCCGUCAGCUUAAAGUACACGUAACUCUAUAUCACCAAUACUAUCUACAUUUUCAGAAAUCUAAAGUACCAUUAUGUUAACGGUAACUUUACCUUCACGACGUGCCACUGAGUAUAAAGGAACUUAUUUUAUAAUCAGCAUGGAUUAUGAUUUUAUGUCUGGGAAUGUGAGGUCUGAUAAAACAUAUUAUUGUCCAAUGACGUCAUCUCCCAAAAUAUUAUUGACCGAUGGCGUAAUUGCUGAUCUUUGUAAGCAAUCAGAGAAUAGGACACAUAUUAUCAAACAGCCGACAUCAAUGUUGGAUGUCAAGGAUAUUGCAACAUCUGAUAUUAUCUUGGAGGGCAUUGGCAUUCAGGUAUCAAAUUAUAUAAUUAAACAAUUAUUAUCUUUGGCUGAGGUCAAUAUGUUGUUUUACCGACCUCAGAAAAGUGAUAUCGACCGAGAUGUAGGGAGCAUUCCCACAGAUAUUUGGAUCGAUCUAUCGCCAUGGGGAGUCUCACUAAAUUGCUAUCUGCUAUCGGCGAGGCCGAGCGUGCAAGAAAUUUAAUUACCACCUAACUGAUUAGGUAGGCGUGACAGAGGUUAAAGCCUCUUUAGCUCAUAGCAAUUUAGCGUGAACCCACAGGGAGUUAGGUCGAUCCAGAUGGAUCGAUCUAGGCAUGGGAACCCAGUCGUAGAGAAAGAGGCACGACCAAGAUUGCAGUCACUUUAUCUGUUCGCACCUUGUAACUUUAAAAAAGCAUCAUUUCUUGUAAUUUUCCAUUAUUUCCAUUAUAUGAUAUUUGUAAUUAAAAAGAUUAUCAUUUGUACUAAGAACUGCCUUCAGAUGUUAUAGUUGUAGAAUGCUCAAAUGAAUAUGAACAGCCAAUAUAUUGUAAAAUUUCAAAAGGAAAAUUUCUACAUUUAAACGUCAGUUUACAUAUGUCACGUCUUAAGGGGGUUCGAUGCACUGGGAUUCAUUUCCUUAUCCGCUUAUAUAAUACGGAAAUAAAAUUGUCAUAUUAUGAGAUAAUCCUGUCACAUAAAGAAUA